AUGGAUGUUGUCACUGCUGCUCAACAAUAUAUAUCAGAAAUGGUCCGUUUGGCUGGCCCUGGUAUGAAAGUACUGAUGAUGGAUAGAUUUACUACUAGUACUGUGUCUUGUGUUUAUGCUCAAAGCGAUAUGAUGCAGAAAGAAGUAUAUUUAUUUGAACGCUUAGAUUCUGGUGGUUUAAGAGAAUCUAUCAAGCAUCUCAAAUGUAUUGCAUUUUUACGUCCCACGCCUGAAAUUAUUGAUUUAUUAUCUGAAGAGUUACGCUUUCCAAAAUAUGGCCAAUAUUAUAUAUAUUUUUGUAACAUAAUCAGUAAGACUGAUGUAAAAGCGUUAGCAGAAGCAGAUGACCAGGAGACGGUACGAGAAAUGCACGAAUUUUUCAUGGAUGGCAUUCCACUGUGUCCUCAUCUUCUGUCGUUAAAUAUUCCUCACAGUUAUAAUUCAUCGUUUUCUAUCCUAAAUACGGUUCUCACCCGAUCUCUGCAUUCCAUUAUUGCCACUCUGCUUGCUCUUAAAAAGAAACCACUGAUUCGGUAUCAGAAAUCUAAUAAAAAUAGUAAAACGCUGGCAGAAGAAGUUGCAAAAGCAAUCGCUCGUGAAGAAAAUUUAUUUGAAAGUACCAAAACUGAUACAGUGCUAUUAAUAAUUGACAGAAGUGAAGAUCCAGUGACACCUUUACUAAAUCAGUGGACAUAUGAAGCCAUGGUUCAUGAACUUGUGGGAAUUAACAAUCAUCGCGUGAAUAUGAAAACUGCGUCUAACACGGGUACUUUGAUACUCUCGCCAUUUAAUGAUUCAUUUUAUUCGAAAUUUCAUUUUCAGAACAUGUAUGCAAAUUUCGGUGAAAUUGGUCAAAAUAUUAAGGAGUUGAUUACAGAAUUUCAACGAAAAUCUCAAAACAAUCAAAAACUUGAAUCGGUAGCUGAUAUGAAGAACUUUGUUGAACAAUAUCCACAGUUCAAAAAAAUAUCAGGCACAGUUACAAAACAUUUGACGGUGCUCGGUGAGUUAUCAAGAUUGGUGUCUGUCCGGAAUCUGCUUGAGAUUUCCGAAGUAGAACAACAUCUAGCAAGUGGCGGUGAACAUUCACAAUGUUUGGCUGAUGUUCGGCGUCUUUUACAACAUGAAAAAACGAGUGACCUUGAUGCAACAAGGUUAGUAAUGCUGUAUGCUUUACGUUUUGAAAAUCAUGCCAACAGCGAUGUUCAGAGUUUAUUACAGUUGUUAAAACGCAAGGGUGUAAGCGGAGACAAUAUAAAGGUAGUGAAAGCUAUUGUGGAUUUUGGUGGUUCGGCGUGCCGUCAAAACGAUCUAUUUGGAGGAACUGCAAUAGCAAUGACAAAGCGUUUUAUUAAGGGUUUGAAAGGAGUUGAGAAUAUUUAUACUCAGCACGAGCCGUACAUUACUGAGUUAAUCGAUUCAUUAUUGAAAGGACGUCUUUCAGAUUCAACUUAUCCGUAUACUUUACCACUAAUAACCAAUCGCGUCGAUAAUAUAAUUUUGUUUAUUAUUGGUGGUGCUACAUAUGAAGAGUCACGAGCAGUGUUCAUGGCUAAUGAACGUAGACGAACUUGGCCUGGUUCACCAAGUAUUAUUCUCCUUUCCACCACAAUGCUUAACACUUCUUGGUAA